AUGGACAUCGCCAAAUUGUUUGACGAAUUCCAGUCGGAGACGGAUGCAGAGUCAGAGUCAGUGAUGGGUUCAGAUACCAAUGAGGGGAUGUCCAUUGUCAAAUCAGACAAGUUGAUAUUAGAUUCUGCAGAUCUCAUUCCCACCAGAUUAGAACAGUACUCGGUCCAGGAUCCUGAUCAUGAUGAGAUGGACAGAGGCAAACCAGGCACACUGUUAUCCAUGGAGGCCAAAGCCGCCGAGGCGGCGGCUCACGAAGCAUAUAGAUUUGCUUCAGAGAUCCGUUGCUGGGAAUCUGCAUGGAGCAAAACCUGCAAUUUCUUCACAGACACCACGGCGCUGAGUUCCAUGCAGUUUACACAUUACACACCUGGAAACAUGUCAUACCACCGUGUCGGCUCCACCCCGGAAACCUUGCAGAUCUUUUCCGUCAAACUCGCAAAGAUAGGUGGUGGUCUUGCGUGGCCAUUGUCUGUGUAUGGUGUGGUUGCCGCCCGUGACAUCGUGGAUCACAACCGCAACAUUCUCUUCUCUUGUAGUAGGAGCCAGGCCCAAGAACUGAGACAGGAUGAUCCCUUUUUGCACUUGAUUGGACCGUCUCGUGCAAUUGUAUUUAUGGACAUGGUUGACUUUGAAAUCCAACUAAAAGUAAAAGGUACAACAAAGUCUGAAGAUAAAGCAUUGAUCAGUUAUGUGUGCAAUUAUAAUGGAGGAUGUAGUCCUGGUGUAUCUACCUUAUGCAUUGAGAAAUUCUUCUGCACACUGGAGUUAUGCUUGCAGCGAAUUAGACGAACGGUCCAGGCUACUAUCUUGGGUGUUCAGGUAGUCAAAUAUGGCUCAUGGCCUUUUGAAUAUGGCGGCCGAGUUACUUGCUCCCCACCAUCAGAAGGGGAAAUGGUGUGCACUGAUAGUGGAGUCACUCCUAUUAUUAAUUUAGCAUCUAGCCAAAUUGUCCUGCUUGAGUCAAAAGGUAAAGCACUGCCGAAAGGUUUUCAUGGUUACAUAGUUCUGUCGAGGCAAGUUGUUUCUGUAGAAGCUGAAGGAGUGUUGGACCUUGCCCUGGAAGCCUACUCCAGAUCUGGUGAUACCACUACUGCACAAGGUCAUGUCCGUUUCUUGCCCAAAUUUUGCGGUAUAAGCCAGGAUAAAUGUUUUCUUGAUGAUGUCGAGGUAGUGAUUACUGUUGCUUGGUCCCUUGUUGCUACGAGCAAGCGGGAGGUGGUGUUAGAACGAGGUUUGUCUGAAUAUUGA